ACGGAUGGUUGGCGAUGCCCGUCACACCGUCUGAAUGAAAUGAUUGCAUCGCAAUCAGUGAGCAGGGAGGGCCUGGGACCGGGGUAUUCGAGGUAUGUCGAGAGCGAGUAAUUGCUGAAAUACGCAUUGAGGCUUAGGGUUUCAUGUCUAAAAAUAAAGCCGGACAAAAAUUGGGAUACUUGGCAAGCAGACAGGAAAAAAAAAAACUCUUUCGGGGCUGAUCACACGCUAAGGAAAUGAGAAUAAGGUAGAGCAGGAGGCGGAAGCGGGUAGGGGGCAAUUGUACUCUGCAGUAGCGCUGCUCGCCUUCCACCUUUAAUCCCCAGUCGCAUCGUGCAUCACGACAUAGCCCGGUAUCCGAGCAACGAUUGACGCGCUUCGUCAAUAAAACCUUCUUUUCUCACCCGUCAAAAGCCACGCAGGCUUUUCGCGUGUUAAGCUCUCACACGAUUAAGCCCAAAUGAGCGUCUGCCUUCGGGAGGAUUAUUAUUCGUCUGUUCCGCUUUUGGAGAGAACUCGUUUGUAGACGUGUAAAAACGCAGUAGGACUGUCGCCAGCCCUCAGUCCUGCGCCAUCUGCGACGCGAGAACAAACAACCGAGACGCAUCAGUAUCGAUCGGGCCUUCUUCCCGCGCUGAUUUCGGUUUCCACCAAUCCUUACGCUCCUCCGCGCUCGCAAUGGCUUUUGAAAAAGACGGUUGGAACGAGCCUGAUGAAAUUCUACGAAGAUUCGACACCAACGAAGAUGGCGCCCUGGACUAUGAGGAAUUCAAAACGCUGUGCGACCAACUUUUCGGCCAGGAAGAAGUCGCCGAUUCGGAGGAUCGCAUCCAUGACAUUUUCGAUAUUCUCGAUGCCGACGGCGACGGCUUGCUGAACGAGGAUGAAUGGCUAAGAUGUCACAAAGAAUGGAUUUCGGUCAUUAUCAAUCCAGUUAAUGCACUGCUCGUCAUCGAUGUUCAGAAUGAUUUCAUCGACGGUACUUUGGCCCUGAAAAAUUGUGACCUCGGUGAGGACGGUGGAGAAAUCGUCGAACCGAUCAAUCGACUCCUUAAGGAAGACUGCUGGAAAAAAAUUGUUUACACUUUAGACUGGCACCCGGAGACUCACAUUGGAUUUUACGAGAAUUUGCAUAUGCGUGAGCUUCACCCGGAAUCCGAAAUUUCAAAGGAAGAUGCGAAGCCUUUCGACACGGUUCGAUUCGUGCAGCCUGACUUGGAACAAGUACUUUGGCCAAGGCAUUGCGUCAUGGAUUCGUGGGGCGCAGAAUUGCACAAGGAUUUAUUCGUCGCAGAGGAUUCUGUUCAGGUCCGCAAAGGUCAAAAACCGGACAUGGACGCGUACUCAGGAUUUUUCGAUAAUGCGGCAGAAGACUCGACGGAAUUGCUAGGAAUUUUGAAUGACAAUGGAAUAACGGACGUUUACGUUUGCGGUCUUGCCCUGGACGUGUGCGUGAAGGCGACGUGCCUCGACGGGCUUCGCCUAGGAUUCCGAUUGGCCGUUGUCGAAGACCUUUGUCGAGGGGUCGAUUGCGACGGUGUUGAGGAAGCUCGUAAAAGUAUUUUAGCCAACGGUGGGUUGGUGACCAACGCCAACAACGUGCUUUCGUUUGCUCGUGGCGUUAAACGCAGUCUUGUUAUGGCGCAGCAAGCCGCGUGCACCUUGGCCAAAAAAUGGUCCGGUGAUGAACACGCGGACGACUUUUGAAUUCGCGAAUCCAACGAAUGGGAAUAAAACUGCUUCUCUAGCUUAAUUCCAACGGAAGUAACCUCAUAGGAUAUAUCGAUUCAGUAUUUUUAGAAAUUCUAAAAAGUUCGUCAUUCGUAUCGAACGAAAACUCAAUUUGCUUGAGCGGACGGUUGACAAAAUUCCUCAUUUUCCAAUUACGACUCCAAAGUUUUAACAAAGUCGAAGCGUUGCCCUCCGCCCGGAAUCCAAGAAUCAAAAUAACAUCGAAUUAGCUUAAAUAUUGAAAUAUUUCACCGAAAGUAAUGCGGAACAUGUAAAAAAAUUAAAUUUAUUUUUUUAGAGUGCAAUUAGAAAUAAAAAUGAUCAAUUUCGGGCGAGAGCAGCUUUUUCGAUCACGGCGAGUAAUAAUCUGCGUUUAACUUGAAAAAAUUUGCUUUCUUUGCCGAGUAACGUCGAGACCUGAGAAGAAAAUGUGUUUUCUGGUCGUUUACGAACGCAGCGUCGGGUCGCUGUGUAUUUUUUAGUAAAUUAUAUUUCCUCAUAUGUACAAGAAUAAAUAAAAUAAUGUAACAAGUAUGUA